AUGCCGGACGACGACCAGACCAAUGUGCCAGUGGCAGAAACAUCGGAAGCAGGCGAUUCUCAGAAACAAGGUUCCAAGGGAACGGCGGCGGAGCGAGAGUCCAUGAACGCUCAGAUAGCGAUCAGACGUACGCUCCGCACGCGCUUCACGAAAAAGGCGAAGGAGUUGGAGGAGGCCCUUCGCUACGAGUCAUCAACAUUCAGUGACUGCUCCAGGCUGUGGAAAAUCGUGGAACACACAUAUCAGGAGAUGGAGAGACUGAAUUCAGUGCUGACGCAGAUGGUUCUCGCGCUAUCCCCUGAACAGUACGAAAACAUGAUGGAGAGAGUGUUCCAUUACGAGGACGAGUUCUUCAGGAUAAGGGAAGCGUUCGAGGCAAUCUUCCAUCCAGUGGCUCAAGCGUCCAGCGUCGGAAGCGCGACUUCGCCCACGACGGGCUUAGCGCUCAACCGAAAGUACCGUCUUCCGAAGUUCGCCGGUGACUACAAGAAAUUUCGAGAGUGGCGGCAACUCUUCGACGUGCACGUUCAUCGCAAAGCGCUCGAUCCAGUCGAAAAAUUCACUCUUCUGAAGGAAGCACUCGUAGGUCUCCCGGCGUCGGAGAUAGCUCAUCUGGAGUUCAGCGCGGAGCAGUAUCCAGUGGCGAUCGACAUCAUCGAGAAAAAGUUCGGCAACCAGCGGGAGGCAGAGAAGGAGCACGUUUUCGAGAUCCAGAAACUCUACAAAUGGAGUGAUCUGCACCAUAACGAUAAGUUAACCCGUUUCGUCUCCUCGCUGACUCAAAACGUCAAAGCGCUGAUUUCGUUGGGCUUAUCCUAUUCGUCACUCUCGGUGACAAUCACUCCAGGUAUCAUAGCGUGCUUACCGAGCACGAUGAGAGAAGAUUUCACUCGAACGCAUUUCGAAAAGCUACGGCUCAAUGACGUUUCGAACAGCGAGCUUGAGACGCUCCUAGAGUAUCUAGAGAAAGAGGUAGCAGUCAAGAGAGCAUGCAGGUCUUGGGGCAACGAUUCGAACCCCGGACCUUCUCAUUCGCGCAGGGAUUUCAGCGAGAGAAGUCAGUUUAGAGCAGGGAGCAGCAGGUUCAAUGGUGGGGCGCCUGGAGGAAGCGGAGCCUUCUUCGCAGGGAGUCAGAGGAGAGACCCGGUAGAUCACAGCUGCGUCUUCUGCGGCAGCCAGAAGCACGAAUCGAAAACGUGCAGAAAAAAUUUAACGUAUGAGGAACGACGGACUCUCUGCGAGAGAGGCAAUGCUUGCUUCAAGUGUCUCAACCGGAACCACUACGCUAGGAAGUGCAGAGCCCAUGUAAAGUGCGAGAAGUGCAGCAGAGCCCACUACUCGAUAAUGUGUGGUCAGCAGAAGUCGAGUCAGAGCGCGGGUCAGAGUUCGAAUCAGAGCGCGGGUCGAAACACGGAGUCUUUCGCGGUUCAGAAUUAUAGCGAGCCAGCGGAGCAGGCAUCCACAUUUUUCCAGACGGGUCUAGCAUGGGUGAAUUCGUCUAGCGGAAGGAAGAUUUUCCGAUUCUUCAUAGACACCGGCUCGGAGCGUUCAUACAUCUCCGACCACGUGAUCCAGUCACUCCGCCUGAAACCGGUUCAGCAGGAAAGCUUGGCGAUGAUCACGAUCGGCGGAAAUGUGUCUACCUAUAAGAAAUACGACGUAUUCGAGAUCGGGUUACAGAGUAGAUUCGAUGAUCGAGCAGCGAUCAGGUUGCGCGCGAUCGGCAUCCCGGAAAUCGCGAAAGGGGCUUUCCCGGUGUCGAACGAGACCUGGGGCCUCCAGCCGAUGGCAGACAUCGCCAAGAACAUCAGUAGGCGCGAAAUCGAUAUCCUGAUAGGUGUAGAUGUCCUGGCGAAGAUCAAAUGCGGAGAGGAACGGAUUCUAGAUGACCGGAUGAUAGCGAGUGAAACGAUCUUCGGUUGGGUGGUCGCUGGAAGAGACAGUUCGUCGACCGAGUUUCGACGUUCGCAAGUCUUCGUGACGGCAAAUCUCUAUCAGCCAGGCACGAGACUGUCGGAUUCUAAAGUCGUGAGCAUGUUCGCUAGACCGUCAGGCGGAGGGGAGUGUUCGCACCCGUCCAGCGGGGUGGAGUUCAGCUCCAAGGCAGAUCCGAACCAACAGCUGAAUGCGGAUCUGGAGAAAUUAUGGUCUUCGGAACUCCUCGGAAUAGAGGAUCCCAUGGUAGAAUCGAAUAGUACCGCAGAAGCGGAUCUGCAGAACUUCUUCCAGAACGGCAUUCAGAGGUUGGAGAACGGUCGCUAUAUGGUCAGUCUCCCAUUCAAAGAGAACAUUCGGGCCCUCGGAGACAACGAGAACGUAGCGCGCGGCAGUCUGAAGCGAUUCCUCGUAAAAAAUCGUAAUAGAAAGGAGCUUAUAGCGGCGGUCGAUCGGGAAAUGAGGAGUUAUCUCGAACGCGGAUACGCGGAGCUGGCGACGCCGAAGGAGCCGGGCGAACUGGUACAUUAUCUACCGAUACUGCCAGUCGUCAAGCAGAGUCCAGCUCAAGAGGCAUUCAAGGUGCGGGUAGUGAAGGAUGCAGGAGCCCGACGAAAAGAUGAGGCGGCCUUGAAUGACGUUCUCCAUUGCGGCGCUAACCUGCUCCCGGACGUAAUCAAGGUUCUCCUACGAUUUCGGCGAGACGAGAUCGCCAUCGUAUGCGACAUCGAGAAGGCGUUCCUUCAGUAUCGGAUCCAUCCGGAUCACAGAACGUUCCUUCGAUACUUCUGGCCUCAAGGGAUAAGCGAAAACCCACUGGCUCCAGUUAGGGAAUUUUGGAGUACAGUUCUCGAUUUCGGUAUCGUCUCUAGCCCAUUCAUCCAUUGCGCGGGAAUCAAGUUCCAUAUCCGGCAGCUGAUCGAGCAGCACCCGGACAGGGAAGCUUUCCUGAGAGACAUAGACGAGAACUUCUAUAUGGACGAUCUAGUUUACUCAGAAAAGUCAGUAGAAUCAGGAUUAGAGCUCUCAGUUUUUUUGUUCAAAGCGUUCAGCGCGGGUGGCUUCAGGCUUCGGAAAUGGGCUACCAAUAGUUCAGAACUAGGCGGCAGGAUUCGAGAGUCGCUGAGCGACCAGGACAUUCAGGUCUCUUACGACCAAGCGGACGCAAAGUUCCUCGGCAUAGGCUGGAACUUGCGAACGGACGAACUGGCGAUAUCUCUUUCAUCGGCCCUCGAGACUCUCGAGUCCAGCAAGCCUACGAAACGUUCACUUCUGAAAAGCACGGCACAGAUCUUCGAUCCCUUAGGUUUUAUUUCGCCCAUCACGAUCAAGCCGAAAUCACUCUUGCAAUCACUCUGGAAACAGAAGAUCGAUUGGGACGAGGAGCUGUCAGAGUCCAACCUAGAAAAUUUUCUGGACGUGAAGAACACUUUCGAACGCGCGCAAGACUUUCGUCUGCCUCGGAGCAUAAACACAACAUCGCGAGACGUCAUCGGGAGAGAACUUCAUGUGUUCUGCGACUCGAGUCUGUCUGCUCUCGGUUGUGUUGUUUUCAUGCGGGAAAUUUCGAGAGAGGGCAGUGCGAGAGUUUCGUUUGUCGCCUCGAGGGCGAGAGCAGUACCGCUGAAGAGCGCUUACUCGAUUCACAAGUUGGAAUUGAUCGGAGCGCUACUAGCAGCGCGCAUGGGGAAAAUAAAGCGUUUUCUCAAUUUUCAUUUCGAGUCCACGUGUUAUUGGUGCGACAAUUCGCCCACACUACACUGGAUAAAAGAUUCGCCAGACCGAUGGAAGGUCUUCGUAGGGAAUAGGAUUCGCGAGAUCCAGUCUCUCACAGACUGCGCGGAUUGGGAUUAUGUCAAGUCAGCCGAAAAUCCAGCAGAUCUGUUGAGCCGGGGAAUCAAUAUAGCCGAUGCGGAAUUCAGUUCGAUGUGGACUUCAGGACCUCCAUGGUUGACGACUCCAGGUCGUCCGACGGAGAAGCAUUCACUGAACGUCCUCUUCGAGAACGAGAUCGAGAAGGAGAGGAAAACGAGAGUCCUUCUCACAGGAGCCGAGCCGAACCCCGGUUUUCUAUCGCUUGGCUCCCGAUUAUCAUCUUGGAGCACGUUGGUUAAUAGCAUCGCGAGGAUCCUCAGAUGGUCAGCGAAUAGGCGGUCUCCAGCAUUGAAGAUUGCUCUCGCUGAUCCAGUCGGCACGCUGGAGUCGCUCCAGGCGACCGAGAGAAUACUGGCAAAUGUCCAGAGAGCUCAUUUCGGUGAGGAGCUAGCGUCGGGUUGCAGAGAUAUCGCGAAAACCAGCAAGCUGUUUAAGUUGGCUCCAUUCAUGGACGAGCUUGGAGUAUUGCGGUGUCGCUCCAGGUUAGAGCGCGCUGAGGAGCUCAGUUACGAUGAGAGGUUUCCGAGACUGCUCCCAGGCGACGAUUCUGCGGUUCGACUUCUCAUCAGAUUUUUCCACGAGAAAAAAUGUCAUCACGUCGGAGGCGUCGCAGCGACCCUCAGCAUACUGCGGAAAAAAUAUUAUAUUCUGUCGGCAAGGCGAGCGGUCAAGAGCGUCCUGAAGGACUGUAAGAUAUGUAUGCUCUUUCGAGCGGAGGCAGCAGCAGAGCCUGUCCCUCCGAUUCCGAACUUCAGGCUGGAGACGGCUCCGCCGUUCACGGUGUGCGGAACGGACUACGCGGGACCGAUCUCGUAUCGGCAUGAGGAUGGCACUCUUCGGAAGAGCUACAUCCUGCUAUUCGUGUGUCCGGCUUCCAGAGCCAUCCACUUGGAGCUUGUUCCAGACAUGACGGCGUAUGAGUUUCUCUUGUCGUUGAAGAAAUUCCUCGCUCGUUUCAGCAGCGUAACGCGAAUAAUGUCGGACAACGGUCUUUCAUUCGUCAGAGCCGCAAAGGAAUUAAAAAUAAUUUACGACCACGUCAGAUGUCCAGCCGUCCAACAGCACCUCGUCAAUGCGGAGAUCACGUGGGAGUUUAUCACUCCUCACGCACCCACCCAUGGCGCAUGGUGGGAACGCAUGGUUCAAACGGUAAAGCGUCCGCUGAGGAAAAUUCUGGGUCGAGGAGCGCUGCGUUUCAGAGAGCUAGAGACAGUUCUGGUGGAAAUCGAAUCCUUAGUGAACGAGAGACCUCUCACAACGGUGCAACUCGAUCCGAAUGAGAUCAGCGCCCUGUCGCCAGCGGAUCUACUAUACGGACAUAGAGCGAAACCGACCCUGCCUGAAAUGAAAUUCAAACCAGACUCGCGUGAAGCAGCGAAUUCGAUCGUCUUUUCUAAGCGUUGGAAACACCAGCAAUUGGUGUUUCGGGCUUUCCAGAAGCGGUUUUCAGAGGAAUACCUUCAGUAUCUAAGAACUGCGCAUAGCAGGAACCCUUCGGUAUCGCGUGGCGUCCAAGUCGGCGACGUAUGCCUCUUAAGGGAUCCGAGCCCUUCGAAAGCACGUUGGCCGUUGUGUCGCGUGCUAAGUCUUUCCGGCGGGGAGAGAACGGAUCGUCGGCAACGAUCCUGUCUCAUCAAGACGGCUUCAGGCCAAGUCUUUCAGAGACCGGUUCAGUGGCUCUACCCACUAGAGGUCUAG